AAAGAAGCGAUUCUUUGAUCCCGUUAGCCAUUUCUGCUGCUCGGUGGUUUUGAUUCUUUUUUUGAGCUGUCAGAGCCGUGACAUCCCCUGUCCAUGGGUUGACUUUUAAUCUCUGCUGAGAGCUGUAGAACGUAUAAGAGUAAGAAAAGACAAGACGCCUGGAGCAAAAUAGCUUUGCAGAAAGUCACCUACAUUGCCCCACCUGGGCUGCCCGAGCACCUCCAGACAACGCCCCCCAAAAAAAUCCCCCCCGGGAUGUCCAUGUUGAAAGCCAUAUGGGACAGACUGGGAGACUCAGUCUCCAGCCUGGGGAGCAGUUUCAGAAGCGCGCUGCCUCUGUGGGCCUCCUCGAGCGGGGCCAGCUACAUCUUAGACUACAACUCCCGGGCGACGGCGCUGGGCCUGGACGGACCGCCGACCCUCUCCCUGGCCGGACUCUCCUUCACCUUCACGCAGGGCCGCUGGGUGCUCUCCGGCCCCGGGCAGCCCUCCAAAUCCAGGCUGCGCAGGCUGGCCCACAGGAAGCGGGCCCUGCAGGAGGAGAACAACCAGCUGAAGCUGCGUGUGGAGGCGCUGAUGGACCAGCUCGCCGCGGCCACGGCCCAGCUGGAGGCCCUGCGGCAGGAGGGACGGGCCGGCAAGCGACCCCCGCCCAAACUGGUCACCGUGGUCUCUCAAUAA